AUGAAUCGUAUCAAGGAUUUGACUGCUGAGAAACAGGCGUGGCUUUUGAAUGCUGUGAAAUCACGGAAGCUCACGCUUGGCCAGGGCAACGACGAAAUGAAUAAAACUCUCAUCAGGAUGGACGGGUCGAUUGGAAACUGCAGCUCCAUGCACCAGCUUAGCAAUGAUGAACAGCUCAGGCUACUCAACGCAGUGAAAAACCGAGAGCUCACCAUUGAUCAGGCCUGGCAAGUUGCUAAAGGUGGCAAAUUGACAUUUCAAGAACCAGGAAAACCAGAUAAAAUACCUGAAAAUACACAAUACAACUUUUCUGUCUACAAAUAUAAUCGAUACAGGAGGCAGAAGAGAGUGUUGAUGAUUGAAUAUAAUUCAAGGAUUUUGUGUAACAUUGAGAAAGGUAUUAUUAAGAAACAGUUUCCAUUUAAAUGUAUCAAAUCAUGUGAACAUAUUGAAGGACAGAAGAUCAGCAUUUCCUUUUUAGCACACCGUGAUUAUGAACUUGAAGCGACUUCUGCUGAAGAUAGAGUAAAGAUCAUUCAGCUUCUGAACCAAAUCAUUCAAAAUAACAUUUAUGAGACCCAUCAGAUGCAGGAGAGUGGCACUUACACCCCACAGCAAGAGACUGGGGUCAUAAAAGAGGGUCAAUUAGAAUUGCAGAAAGGAGGCCUUGCUUCAGUAAAAUGGAACAGGUACAGUGUGCAGUUGCGUAAAGGGGAGUUAUCUUUUCAGCGCCUUAAUGUUACUGAAGUCAGUGAGCAGUUGAGUUUGACUCCAAAUGUGAUCUAUUUCUCGGAUGGUAAUGCAAGUGUACACAAGGAGGUGGGAAGUGGGUCCUUCACUGUGAUCACAAAGAAAAACUGCUACUUAUUUCGAAUACCAUUUACUGACCAGUUAAAAAGUGCAGAAAAUGUAACAAGGUACCGGGAUGAGUGGAUUGAUGCUAUUGACAAGUGCUGUUUACACUGGAAACGUUUAUCGCAAGCACAGCUUGUAGCAGAAGACGAUCUAGUUGGGGUUAUACAAGAUAUACCAUUCCCAAAGGAACCUGCUGAUCAAACUGCAUUAAACCAACUUGACUUACCUGCAAACUCAAACCAGGAAGAGGAAAAAGAACAAAAAGAGGAUGAUAGGAAAGAGGCAGAGGAUGAAGAAGGAACCGAACUGGCUUCUCCAGUUACAAAAAUGGCCCCAGGAUCACCUUUGGAAACAGUCGUUCUUCCUCCAGUGACCCAAAGUCUUCCAGCUACCACACCAUUACUCCUUCCUCCGUCAGCACCAGCUAUUCCUGUACCUCCUCCAUUUCCGAUGAAAAAAUCAACUAGUGUAGUAAAGAAGACUAAAGCAUUCCAUUGGGAUGUCAUUGCCCCAGAAAAGAUUCAGAAAUCUAUCUGGGGACAGAGCAAUGCGGCAAAGAUACAAUUACAUCAUCCAAGGCUUCUUGAGCAGUUCUCUACCCAAGAGAUCCCAAUGCACUCAGUUAAUGACUUUUCAGCCCAUCAACAAAUUCUUUUGAAUCAAAAGGUUGCUCACAACUUCAGUAAGUUUAAGAUCUCUGAGUAA